UCCUGCUUCGCCAGGAGACUUGCUGCGGAGGGGUCUGUGAUUGGUCGGCGUUGGCGCGAACCCGUCGCGCGCGGCUGUGGUCCUGAGUGAAUCGCGAGGAGGGGCGGAGGAGGCGGUUUCAGGGAACAAUAGAGGAGCGCCGAGCGGCUGGCCGGCUCCGGGGAGAGCGAAGCGUCCAGCCAGCGAGCCAGCGCCCGGCGAGUCUUGAGGGGAAUCAGGAAGCCGCAACGUCGCCCGCGCUGCUGAAGGGAGCAGGCAUCAUGGCGGAUAAGGAAGCUGCCUUUGAUGAUGCAGUGGAAGAGAGAGUUAUUAAUGAAGAAUAUAAAAUAUGGAAAAAGAACACUCCAUUUCUCUACGAUCUUGUAAUGACUCAUGCCUUGGAGUGGCCCAGCUUGACUGCUCAAUGGCUUCCUGAUGUAACCAGACCUGAAGGCAAAGAUUUCAGUAUUCAUCGGUUAGUUCUUGGGACCCACACCUCUGAUGAACAAAACCACCUUGUGAUAGCCAGUGUUCAGCUCCCUAAUGAUGAUGCUCAGUUUGAUGCCUCCCAUUAUGAUAGUGAGAAAGGAGAGUUUGGAGGUUUUGGGUCUGUUAGUGGGAAAAUUGAAAUUGAAAUAAAGAUCAACCAUGAAGGAGAAGUUAACAGAGCACGCUACAUGCCCCAGAAUCCAUGCAUCAUUGCCACAAAGACUCCAUCCAGUGACGUACUUGUGUUUGAUUAUACCAAACAUCCAUCUAAGCCAGACCCUUCUGGUGAGUGCAAUCCAGAUCUGCGCCUUCGUGGGCAUCAGAAGGAAGGUUAUGGGCUAUCUUGGAAUCCAAACCUUAGUGGACAUUUGCUUAGUGCAUCUGAUGACCAUACUAUCUGCUUGUGGGACAUAAGUGCUGUUCCAAAAGAGGGGAAAGUGGUGGAUGCCAAGACCAUUUUCACAGGCCAUACAGCUGUGGUGGAAGAUGUUUCCUGGCAUUUGCUCCAUGAAUCUCUCUUUGGAUCUGUUGCUGAUGAUCAGAAACUCAUGAUCUGGGACACCCGGUCAAACAACACUUCCAAGCCAAGCCAUUCUGUGGAUGCUCACACUGCUGAAGUGAACUGCCUUUCCUUCAAUCCUUACAGUGAAUUCAUCCUGGCUACAGGAUCAGCAGAUAAGACUGUUGCUUUGUGGGAUCUAAGAAACUUGAAACUGAAACUGCACUCCUUUGAGUCACACAAAGAUGAAAUAUUCCAGGUUCAGUGGUCGCCACAUAAUGAAACUAUAUUGGCUUCCAGUGGUACUGAUCGCAGGCUAAACGUCUGGGAUUUGAGCAAAAUUGGAGAAGAACAGUCCCCUGAAGAUGCAGAAGAUGGCCCACCUGAGCUGUUGUUUAUUCAUGGUGGUCACACUGCAAAGAUAUCUGACUUCUCAUGGAAUCCCAAUGAACCCUGGGUAAUUUGUUCUGUAUCAGAAGACAAUAUUAUGCAAGUCUGGCAAAUGGCAGAGAACAUAUACAAUGAUGAAGAUCCUGAAGGAAGUGUGGACCCAGAAGGGCAAGGGUCCUAGAUGCUUGUCCCCCACGUCUUCUUUUUCCUCCUGUUGUCCUCUUCCUGCAUUGUUCUCUCAACUUUCCUAAGAUCAUCCACACUGCUUUUUGAGAGAGACAAAUACACCAUGCGUUCCACAGCCCAUCUGUAGAUACUAUUCAUCAGCCUUGCUACUAAUUGAGAAAGUGAACUAUUGCUGUUGAAAAUUGAGGAUUUGACCUGACAUGAACUAGUAUCACACAGUGGCUUUUUGGUUGGCCAUUUUUCUCUUAAAUAUUAGUUGGCUGAGCUGGUGUACCCACUCUGCUGCCUCUUCUACAGAAUAAAUUUUCCUUUUAAUGUUUUGAAUGCAAACUAUGCCAGAAUUGUUUCAGUGCAAAUGUUGGUAAGAGCUCAUGUUUUAUACUAUGAGGAACUUAAGUACAGAGAAGAUUCUUUUAUUAAUAUUUUGGUCCUUCUGAUAUGUUUAUGUGCACAGGUCUUUAGGCUUGUGGUUUCACAUGCAGGUAAUUUCAGUGCAAUGUCAUCUAUUCUCACUUCUAGUUGCUGUCAGUGAUUAGAAUGAUUCCAUCUUACCAGGUAAUUCCCGUUUUUUGGUUUUUUUUGGCAUAACACCUUAGUCCUUCUAUCUUAUUCUGAUGGGGCAACUUAGGAUGUGGAUACGAGUAUGGUAGUAGCUUAUAAUUGCACAUCACUUUGCUCUCUUGUGUUUCUUGAACUGUGUUCUGUUUCACUUCUGUGAACUGUUUUUGUGUUUUAACUUGGGUGAUCACCAAGUUGUAAAAGGUGUUUGUUUCCACUGAGUGAUAACCAUGGAUGGCAUUGCCAGCUAACCAGAAUCUCACUGGCAGAUGGCACACAUGGGAGCGACUGACAUACUCUUUCCCUUGUAUCAGUACAUCUCUUGUGUGGGUCCAUUAGCCCAUUUGACUCUUUAUGAACCUGAACAAGUGCUACAACUGAAAUAAAUUUGAUUUUCUAUGUA